AUGAAAAUUCUACAAAAUUUUACAUUUAUUAUUUUCCUCUUAAUAAGCCUUAUUUUUAUUUCAUCAUGUUCAAAUACAAAUGAGAACUAUAAACCAAAAAACAUUGACCCCCGAAUAUUACAAUUAACAACAGAAAUAGAAAAAACAAAAAAGAAAUUUGAUAUUAUACGAUCAUUAAUUCUUUCAGGAACACUUUUUUUGUCUUUAACAGCAAUGACUGGGAUAGCAGUACACGAUUAUUAUCAAUUUCUUCAACAUACAAAAAAUACUAAGGAUGCCGCAGUAGAAACUAUAUAUAAAGGGAUAUAA